AUGCCAGCAAUAUCUUUCUUACCUUUCCUACAAUCUGUCCCUCUCACCACUCGUCUACUAGUCAUCACUCAAAUCUCACUCAGUCUAUUGGUCAUGUUAUAUAGAUUAAUGGUAAAAGGUUCAGAUAUGCCAUGGUUGGUUUUGAGUCCAGGAAAGAGUUGGUUAUAUCCUUGGACUUUGGUAACGGCCGGAUGGGUUGAGAAUAAUUUGGUAGAGCUCGCAUUCUCCGCAUUAUCAUUAGGUUUCGCAUCCCGUUAUCUCGAACGAGUCUGGGGUCCUAGAGAAUUAGUGAGGUUUUGUUUGGUAGUGGUGAUAGGAGGGAAUAUCAUAGCUUUUGGGUUCGGUUGGUUGGUAUUUUUAGUUAUUGGACAAGAAGAUGCUAUUUACGGUCCCCCUUUUCAUGGAUUAUCCGGUCUUCAAGCUGGUUUCUUGGUCGCUUUCACUCAACUCAUACCGGAACAUCAACUCCAGAUGUUUGGUGUUAUCAAGAUGAGAGUGAAGUCCCUCCCUGGAGUCUACCUCUUAAUCUCAAACGUCCUCGUCAUCCUCCUAGGCCCAUCACCUUACAUCUUGAUACAAUUCGGUUUCUUUGUCGCUUGGGUCUAUCUGAGGUUUUUCAAAUUAAGUGAAGAUGGUCAAUUCAGAGGUGAUAGAAGUGAAACUUUCGCUUUUCAAUAUUGGUUUCCUCCCAUUAUACGACCAUACAUCUCAAUAGCCGCUAAUAAAGUCUUUGCGCUGGCCGUGAAAUUACAUUUGACGCAAGCGUGGGAUGAACCUUCUUUAGGAACUUAUCAAUCACUUCCUGGACCUGGAGGUGCUAGAGCCGAGGCGGAGAGACGAAGAGCACUCGCCCUCAAAGCUUUAGACGCUCGUAUGGCCUCACCGGCCGUUCCUUCACCUACUCCUCCUCCCGCCACCACCGUGCCAGCAGCUGUUGUGAAAGUUGAAGGUGAAUGAAGUAUAUGCAUGUCUGAAUUA